AUGACGGCCUUGAUGGCCAUGCGGAGCGGAGCACUGCCACCAGCCGUGGUCGCGGCGUUCCUGCACGACAUCGGCCACCUGCUGCUCGACGAGCACGCUGGGCGCGAUGACUUCCUCCUGACCGACAAGCGCCACGAGGAGGUGGGCUACAGGUUCCUUUGCCGCAGUGGCUUCCCUGCAGAGGUGACGGAGCUCGUCCGCCUCCACGUCGAGGCCAAGCGCUACCUCUGCGCGGCGGAGCCGAGCUACUACGCGGGCCUCUCGAGCGCCUCGCAGCAGUCCCUGGCCCUCCAGGGCGGGCCCCUGUCGCCCGAGGGCGUGGCCCGCUGGACCGCCGCGAGCCCGCACGCCGCCGCCGCCGGGGAGCUGCGGCGCUGGGAGGACGCCGGGAAGCGGCUGUGGGCGGAGGGCGCCGUGGCGGCGGGGGAGCUGCCAGCGGUAGAGGCGCUGCUGGAGGCCACGCGGAGCGUCCUGCUGAGGCAGGGGGCCGCGUGA